AUGACAUCGCAAAGCACUUCAGGCGCGGCGUACGUUUUGGGAGUGGGUAUGACCCAGUUCCUAAAACCGCGCCGCAUUCGUGAAUACCCCGAACUGGGAUACGAGGCUGGAGUCAAGGCUCUGACGGAUGCUCACAUUACAUACGAUGAUGUCCAAAUGGGUGUCGCGUGCUACUGUUAUGGCGACACCACUUGUGGACAGCGAAUUUUCUACCAAUUCGGCAUGACAGGUAUCCCUAUUUAUAACACCAACAAUGCCUGUGCCACCGGUUCAACCGGCCUGCAUUUGGCUCGCACUAUGGUAAAAGGAGGCCUUGCGGACUGUGUUUUGGUAAUUGGUUUCGAACAGAUGCGCCCUGGUUCCAUCAAAAGCGUGUGGGAUGACCGCCCAAGCCCUUUGGGUCCUUCCACAAAGAUGAUGGAAGACACUUACGGCAAGCACAAUAGCCCUCGCAAUGCGCAGUACUUUGGAAACGCAGGACAAGAGUUUGGGGCCAAAGCAGAAGACUUCGCCGAAAUUGCCCGUAUAUCGCACGAGCACUCGCAGCGCAACCCAUACGCACAAUUCCGAACAGCAUACUCACUGGAGCAAAUCCUUAACUCCGGUGGUAUAUACGGACCUCUGACCAAGCUUCAAUGCAGCCCGACGAGCGAUGGAGCAGCAGCUGCGGUUAUUGUGUCGCAGCGCUUCCUGGAUGCGCGGCCACACCUUAAAUCACAAGCUAUUCUAAUGGCCGGCCAAAAUCUUACGACUGAUGGGCCGGAAGUUUACUCCCGGAGCGCAAUUGAUCUAGUGGGGUUCAACAUGUCCCGCCAGGCAGCUAAGCUUGCGAUGCAAGAAGCAGGCGUGGAGGCCAGGGAUGUCAAAGUCUGUGAGCUGCAUGAUUGUUUCUCCACCAAUGAGCUUCUACUUUUGGAUUCCUUGGGAUUUUCGGAGCCAGGAAAAGCACAUGAAAUGGUUCGUCGGGGUGAUAUCACUUAUGGCGGCGGCGGUCCGGUUAUCAAUCCAUCGGGCGGGCUGAUCUCUAAAGGCCAUCCCCUUGGAGCAACAGGACUGGCACAGUGUGCUGAACUUACAUGGCAGCUCCGCGGCUGGGCAAAUAAUCGACUGGUUCAGGGUGCAGACGUUGCACUGCAGCACAAUCUAGGAUUGGGAGGGGCCGUGGUAGUGACCGUCUAUAAGCGAGCUGAUGGCCACAUCGCUCGUGCAGUCUCAGAUGAUGAAAUCAAGAGGGUCUCUGGUCUGGAGUACAAUCCAGCCACUGAGGCACGUUGCAUCUCUCCCCGAGAUGGUGAACUGGUCCGAAGUCGGAUAAAGCGGCAUGACUACCCUCUUAAGGAAACCAUUGGAAAACUAUCCGCUCGUAUAUAG